GCCCAGCAGUCGAGCGGCGGAAACAGACGAGGACCCGUUCAGAUACACUCAAUGUGGCGCGGAUAAACACAAAAAACAACAAAGGCUUCAUUUUUUUUAGGAUACCCUAGCGUGUAUUUUAUCGUCUCCGGCAGCCUUCAUGAAAUAGCUCCACGUUUCUAACAGGAUAAAUAAUGAUUUCCCCGUGGGACCGGUGGUAUUCGACUAGCUGCUGCCUUUGCUGCCAUGUACGAACGGGCACCAUUAUCCUGGGAAUAUGGUAUAUGCUCAUCAAUGCAGUGGUCUUACUCAUCCUGUUGUCGGCUCUCAAUGACCCAGUCCAGUACCGCUACCACCUUACCAGCUCCGAACUGGGCACCGACAUCGAUGUCAUGGAUGAUGCAAAUAUCUGCAUUGCCACUGCAAUAUCCCUACUCAUGAUUCUUAUAUGUGGCAUGGCAACCUAUGGUGCUUACAAGCAACAUGCCGCCUGGAUCAUUCCAUUCUUCUGCUACCAAAUCUUCGACUUUGCCCUUAACACGUUGGUAGCCAUUAGUGUGGUGGUUUACCCCAACACAGUGCAGGACUACCUCCAGCAGCUGCCGGGGACAUUCCCUUACAAAGAGGACAUCAUGUCCACCAACAACAUGUGCCUAGUUUUUGCAGUGCUCCUCUUCGUAGGCUGCAUCCUUUCCUUCAAGGCCUACCUUAUUGGGUGUGUAUGGAACUGCUACAGAUACGUGAGUGGCAGAGGCACCACCGAGGUCUUGGUUUACGUCACCACCAAUGACACCACGUUGCAUGAGUUGAUACCACUUAAUAUAAAAGGUUCUGCUGCCACCUUAUGAAGAGGCUGUUGCCAUUCCGCCUAAGGAGCCCCCUCCCCAGUACAUGGAGGCAUGAGGGACAUCCUCGCCGCUGGAUCCUGUACCCCAAAACUCCACCACUCAAUCUCGACACACUUACCACGUCUCGCUCCAACAAUAUAAGCUCAAUGCUGGCCAAGACGUGUUAAAAGAUCUUAGGUCUUAGAGGCUGGUUUCAGGUUGGAUUUGUGAUCCUGCCCUUUCCCCACUAGAGGUAAACAUUUGGAUGACGAUCCAACCCUAGAUUAGAUUAGGGCAACUCUGAGCCAGUAUUGCUGUCUGCUCUGACCUCUUCUUCCCUUUCCUCCCCCCUCUACUGGCUAUUGUGGUAUGUGAUGUCCUCUCCACUCGUCCCCUCUGUCCUCUUCCAAGGACAGUUUCACAGUGAUUCCCCCACCAACCCUCUUUCUCGGCAGCUGCUGUUCUCUGGCAAUGCGGCAUACGUGUCAGCUAAACUCCCACACACCCUGACUACCCUGCCCCCAUUUAAUUUGCACUUUUCUGUGAUUGAAAUGCGCACCGGUCUGGCCAGCAACUGUUAACUCCCAAUACUGUGAAUCUCCCUUGUGGUCUUGUCUGGAAAUGAACUACCUGAAAAACAGCAGAGAAAUAGAGACAGGGAGGUGGAAUGCGAUACACAUGAUCGGUUAUGCAAGAGCACUUUUCCAGAAAUUGACAAAUUCCCUCAUUGAAUGUAAUGUCGGGGGUAUUUUUGUACAACUUUUUUGUAUAACAGUAUAAAUGGAGAGAAAAAGAAUUGAAUAGCGAGAGGACGUCCUGUUGAGUUAGAAUACUCAUUUGUGUAACCAUGUAGCAUGUCCAGCAGGAAAUGGAAGAUCUUGAAAAGGGUUCCUUGACCAAUAACCACUAUGACGUCUUCCUUUUGUAUCCAUGUAACACAAUGUCUGUAAAAGUAUAAACCCAUUGGUUGCCGUUGAAAAACUUGUUCAUCCAUUGGCUGCAACUGCAGUCUGCAGUUGCAGUCCAAUUAGCCCUGCUAUCCUAUUCCAAGAUCUCAAAGGAUUUGAAAGACUGGCACCUAUCUAAUCUUUAUGCGGUAAAACACUUAAACAUGCAUUCACUCAUUACAGAUAUACAAUGCACACCCAAACACACUCAAGGCAAUACACAAAAUAUAAAUAUGUAAACAUGGGUAUGUGACAUCUGUCUUGUGUUCUGUCGAGUUGUAGUUGCAACAGCAUCGACUGUGUCUUUUUUUUUUUUUUUUUUUACAUGGAUCAUGAUGUAUAAUCUGAUGAUUUUAGCUGAGCUAACUUAGCUGGACUGAGGGCAUUUUCUUACAAAGAUGGCGUGACAUGCUGCUGUACGUGCAGAGUGUGUGUGUGUGUGUGUGUGUGUGUGUGUUUGCGUGUGCUGUUUGUAUGAGGUUAUGCUGUUACCCCUAGGCCCUUUGUAUGUAGGAACAAUUUCUUUUGCACAUGCAGUGAUAUCAUUUUGGUAUGUUUCAGUGCUGAUGAGCUUUUGAAUUGACCAUUGAUGGGAAUCUAAAGCUUUGAUUUAGCAUAGCAUAGUAGCACAAAAUAAAUAUACUGUAUAUGCAGCUAGUCAAAGAAAGUGUAAAUGCUUGUCUUUUGCCUCGAGUUAUUUUGGCAAUAGAUAUAGCAUUAUCAAAAUAACUGGGGGAGAUAUAAAAUUAGAUACACUACCCCAUUUUUCUCAUUAAUCUCCAUGUAGUAUUUCCUGUCAACAGAAAAAUAUCAUAAAAUCAAAGUUACUUUUUAAUCAGUCAAGAAGCUAUGCAACAGUGCACUCAGCAACUUAUUAGGCUUUGAAAAUACAAGAUCAUGAAGUAGUGCUGCAUUUGAUACUAGCUAAUACUGUAGUUCAUAAUGUAGCCACGUUUGCCCCUUCAUCAUUGUCCCAGUGUGAGCUAUGACCACAGCUUCUGCAAAUCCAACAAUGUUUGAACAAAACUGAAGACAAAUUUGCACUUUAAAGUCAAUGUAAGAUCAUUGGGCACAAUUUUGGUGUAUUUUUGUUUGAUUUUUACCAUGAUGUGCUGUACCUGGCUCUCACCAUUAAAGUGGUUCUAAUGUUAUCGGACACCCUGGUUUGGCUGGUGCAAGCUUCAAAACCAUGAAAGCAACUGUGAGUCAGCAUUUCAUACUUUCACUGUCAUGUGGGAAAUAGAGGUCUAAAGACUUCAGGCUGAACCAGGGCUGGCUGAUGCCUCAUUUCUUUAGAACCACUCAAGACUGUUCUCCAUCACUGGUCAUUCAUUCCUGACUGUCACACACAUCUUCUUGUUGGAUCUGCAUGGGCUCAUGUCUUUUUCAGUUCUGAACAAUAAAAACCUCAAGCGCUA